UGCAGACCACGCCCCCUCCGUUCAGCCACUGCUCAGCCAGGAAAAAGCGAGCUGUUUUUCGCUGCAAACUGUUCUCCUGUUGCUGUGACGGACUGAAGACACAACUGACAGGAGGCCGGGGAUCAGUUAACUUUCGAGAGAUCUUCUCAAGAUGUUACCACAACACCUGAAGCAGAUAAGAGUCCUAAUGCUCAACGACAAGGAGAAUUUAGAGAGGACGCUGUUCAGACUUGAACAAGGUUUUGAACUGCAGUUCCGUCUGGGUCCGAGUCUUCAGGGCAGGAGGGUGACAGUGCACACCAACUACCCAUCUGAAGGACAGAAGUUUGAACGAAACAACUUCCGUGUUUUACCGUGGAGCUACCCAACAGGGAAGGAGGAUGACUCUGAUAAAUUCUGCUCUCUGGAACUCAAAGUAGCUGGCUCCUAUCAGUACUACUUUGGACGUGGAGACACAGAGCGGUCAGGAGGAGGAUACAUCGUGGUUGAUCCUGUUCUUCGUGUUGGAGCAGACAACCACGUCCUGCCAUUAGACUGCAUCACCAUCCAGACCUACCUGUCCAAAUGUCUGGGACACUUAGAUGACUGGCCUGCUCGACUGAGAGUAGCCAAGGAGUCAGGAUACACCAUGAUCCACUUAACUCCUCUGCAGACUCUCGGAGAGUCCAGGUCCUGUUACUCUUUAGCCGACCAGCUGACCUUCAGCCCUGAGUUCAGCCCAGGUGGUCGGAGCUACAACUGGACAGAUGUGGGGGCACUGGUAGAGAAGAUGAGGAAAGAAUGGAACAUGCUGUGUAUUACCGAUGUGGUUUAUAAUCACACUGCUGCCAAUAGUGUGUGGAUACAGGAACAUCCAGAGUGUGGCUACAACCUGGUGAACUCCCCCCACCUGCGUCCAGCCUGGGUCUUAGACAGAGCUAUCUGGCAUUUAACCACCAGAAUCGCAGACGGACGCUACACGGCUAAAGGACUUCCUCCUGAUAUUACCAAUGAGAGCCAUCUGAAUGCCAUCCGCAGUGUGUUGUGGCAGGACGUGUAUCCUCAGAUCAAACUGUGGGAGUUCUUCCAGGUCAAAGUGAACAAUGCUGUGGAGCAGUUCAGAAUCCUACUGCAAAAUGGCACCAAGCCAGACCACAGUAAGACUGAAGGGAAGAAGGGCCUAAAGAUCAUCCAGGACCCACAUUACCGUCGUUAUGGCAACACAGUGGACAUGGACUCUGCUCUGGAGACAUUUGUACCUCACAGUUCCUCCCCACAUCACAUUGAGGAGUGCUGUGGUUGGCUGAGACAGAAGCUGAACGAGCUGAAUGAAGAACAGAACCACAUUGUACAACAGCAUCAGGAGCAGGCUGCCAACUGCGUUGUGGGAAAUGUAGUGUACGAGCGUCUGGCCGACCAUGGCCCAAAACUGGGUCCUGUUACCAGGAAGAACCCUCUGGUUACCAGGUAUUUCACCUACCCAUACCAGGACCUGACUCUGGAGCAGGAGAUCCACCUGCUGGACCAGCCAGACAAGAUCUGUCACUUCCUGGCUCACAAUGGUUGGGUGAUGAGCGACGAUCCGCUGCGCAACUUUGCUGAGCCAGGCUCUAAUGUGUACCUGCGUCGGGAGCUGAUCUGCUGGGGUGACAGUGUCAAACUGCGCUAUGGCAAUGGCCCUGAGGACUGUCCGUACCUGUGGGCCUACAUGCAGAAAUACACCGAGAUCACAGCCAAGUAUUUCCAUGGAGUCAGGCUGGAUAACUGCCACUCUACACCAUUACAUGUAGCUGAGUUCAUGCUAGAUGUGGCCAGAACAGUGUGUCCUAACCUGUAUGUGGUGGCUGAACUGUUUACCGGUAGUGAGGAGCUGGAUAACAUCUUCGUUACCAAGCUAGGAAUCUCAUCACUGAUACGAGAGGCCAUGUCAGCUGGUGACAGCCAUGAAGAGGGCCGACUAGUCUAUCGUUACGGAGGUGAGCCAGUGGGAGCCUUUGUUCAGCCCAGUCUCCGUCCACUUAUACCCUCCAUCGCCCACGCCAUGUUCCUUGAUGUAACCCAUGACAAUGAGUGUCCCAUACAGCUGCGCUCAGCAUUGGACUCUCUGCCCAGCUCUGCUAUCGUCUCUAUGGCCUGCUGUGCUACCGGCUCCACCAGAGGAUAUGAUGAACUGGUCCCACAUCAGAUCUCUGUGGUGAAGGAGGAACGUUUCUACCCCAAGUGGAACCCCUCAGCACCCCCCUCCUCCCCUGGUGAGGUUGGACCCCAGACUGGCAUCAUAGCAGGGAAACUGGCUCUCAACAAGCUGCACCUGGAACUGGCUGCGCAGGGAUUCAUGCAGGUGUAUGUAGACCAGGUGGAUGCAGAUAUUGUUGCAGUGACCCGUCACUGUCCCAGCACCCACCAGUCUGUGGUGUCCGUGUGCAGGACCGCCUUCUGGAACCCCAAAAACCACCAGUACAACAGCAACGUCCCACCCAUGUUCAUACCUGGGAAGAUAGAGGAAGUGGUACUGGAGGCGAGGACAGUGGAAAGGCAUGCUGGGAGCUAUAAGAAGGAUAACAACUAUAUCAACGGCAUGCCGGAAUACACUGUGGAAAUCAAAGAGCAUAUAUCUUUACAGGAGAGCACAGUGGUGAAGCAAGCAGGGGUGACUUCUAAAGGUCGCUCAGAGUUUGUGCAGGAAAUCACAUUUCAGAAGUUGACUCCUGGCAGUGUUAUUGCCUUCAGGGUGAGUUUGGACCCCAAGGCCCAGAAGCUGGUGGGGGUGCUGAGGUAUUAUCUCUCCCAGUUCAGCCCAAAGUACAAGAAAGGCAGCAUAGCAGAUGAAAACCCACCAGAAGCGAUGCAGAAGCCUCUGGCACAGCUGAUGUCCAAGCUAACGUUAGCUGACCUGAAUGUCCUGCUGUUUCGCUGUGACUCAGAGGAACAGGAGGACGGUGGAGGCUGUUACAGCAUCCCAGGAUGGGAGAGCCUGAAAUAUGCUGGACUGCAAGGUCUGAUGUCAGUGUUGGCUGAUAUCCGUCCAAACAACGACCUGGGACAUCCCGUGUGCUCUAACCUCAGACAAGGAGACUGGCUGAUAGACUUUGUCUCCAACAGACUGAUACACAGAGAGGGACCACUGGCACAAGUGGGUCAGUGGUUGGUUGCCAUGUUUAACUACCUGAAGCACAUCCCACGGUACCUCAUUCCCUGUUACUUUGACGCCAUCCUGGUGUCAACCUACGUUACAGCCCUGGAUGCAACCUACAAACACAUGUCGAGUUUUGUCCAGAAUGGCUCCACCUUUGUUCAUCACCUGGCGCUUGGUUCACUUCAGAUGUGUGGAGUUGGACGCUUCCCAGCCCUCCCUCCCAUCUCUGUGAAAAUAGAUGAUGUUCCCUAUCGCAUCAGUCCAAUCACAGGCCAGAAGGAGCAGUGCUGUGUCUCAUUGGCUGCAGGUCUUCCUCACUUCUCCGCUGGGAUUUUCCGCUGCUGGGGCAGAGACACCUUCAUCGCUCUCAGAGGACUGAUGCUGCUCACUGGGAGACACACUGAGGCUCGUAACAUCAUCCUGGCUUUCGCAGGGACGUUACGUCACGGUUUGAUCCCCAACCUGCUGGGUGAGGGUCGCUGUGCCAGAUUCAACUGCCGUGACGCUGUGUGGUGGUGGCUGCAGUGCAUCCAGGACUACGCUACCCACGUUCCCCAAGGGCAUGAAAUCCUCCGCUGCCCAGUUACACGCAUGUAUCCUACUGAUGAUUGUGAGCCCUGCAAACCUGGAGAGGUGGAGCAGCCUCUGUAUGAUGUGAUCCAGGAGGCUUUGCAGCGCCACCUUGAGGGAAUUUCCUACAGAGAGAGAAACGCUGGAUCUAAGAUCGACAUGCACAUGAGAGAUGAAGGGUUCAAUGUGUUUGCGAAGGUGGAUCCAGCCACAGGCUUCGUCAGUGGAGGGAACCGCUUCAACUGCGGCACAUGGAUGGAUAAGAUGGGAGAAAGCGAGAGAGCCAGGAACAGAGGCAUGCCUGCUACUCCCAGAGACGGAGCAGCGGUGGAGAUCGUUGGUCUCAGUAAAUCGACUGUUCGCUGGGUGGUGGAGCUCCACGCCAAAGGACUGUUCCCUUAUGAUGGAGCUAAAGUACACAGAGACGGUAAAGAAGUGUUUAUUUCGUACUCCCAGUGGAACAAACAGCUCCAGAAGUCAUUUGAAACUGGGUUCUGGGUGUCAGGGGACCCAAAGGACCCCAAUGAGAAACACCCUGAUCUGGUGCAUAAAAAGGGCAUCUACAAAGACAGCUAUGGGGCCUCCAGCCCCUGGUGUGACUAUCAGCUGAGACCCAACUUCACCAUCGCCAUGGUGGUGGCUCCGGAGCUGUUCACUGUGGACAGAGCCUGGCACGCUCUGGACGUGGCUGAGAAGAAACUACUUGGACCCCUGGGAAUGAAGACACUGGACCCUGAUGAUAUGGUGUACUGUGGUGUCUAUGACAACGCACUGGAUAAUGACAACUACAACCUGGCAAAAGGUUUCAACUACCACCAGGGACCGGAGUGGCUGUGGCCAGUAGGCUACUUCCUGCGUGCCAAACUCUACUUUGCCAAGAAGCUGGGAGAGGAAAGCUACAGCAAAACCGUGACCCUGGUUAAAAAUGUUCUGUCACGACACUACACCCACCUGGAGAAGUCUCCGUGGAAGGGUCUGCCAGAACUGACCAAUGAGAACGGCCAGUACUGCCCAUUUAGCUGUGAGACCCAAGCCUGGUCUCUGGCCACUGUGCUGGAGGUCCUCUAUGACCUUUAGAUGACCUUAGCGUAGCAGUCAACCUGUACCCUGGUGUCACACUUCCUGUUGAAGUUUGACUGAGGAGACGUCACUGAAACACACCACGGCCUCAGUCUGUGAAUCACCAGGUUCAGUCGUGACCUCUGACCUCUCGCUUAGUGAUCAGAGUUUUCAUACUGCGUUUAAACCUGUUUUGAUGGACUUUACUUAGACUUAUUUUACUUGUGGUUAACUUUAACACAUCUGGGCGAGGAGCUGUUUGAGUCAGUUUAGUUUCAGACUGAUGGUCAGGUGACUAGUUAGUUAAAGCUUUUUAAAACCUUUCUCCACUGAACAGCUCGUGUCUUUCUUAUGUCUGUUGGCCUUUAUCUCCAAGGCCUGAGUUCCCAUGUUGCACUGAGAGUUUAGAUUUUCUUCCUUCAUGUAGAAACCAUGAAACAUAAAUGUAGCGUAUUUACAGCAGUUAUUUUGAAACCAGCAGCAGCUUCAGAGCAGAUGUGGUGCCAGUUUUUUUAGUGUUAAUAAUCACAAAAGUACUUUGGGUGCACUGAUGGUCCUGAAUUAUCUUUAAACCUACAGAUCUACCUGAACCUAACAGAGCGCUGCUCCUGUAGAAAAGCCAACACAGUAUUUGAUUCUGUCUGUAUAUUUUUAUUUGACAGGGCUCUCCUGUUUUCUGUCCAAACAAAAUGAAAAUCUGUUUUUACCAGUCUGACUUUCUCAAAAGAGAAACUAAUCAAAUCACAUUUUAUCAAUUGGACAGAAAGAAAAAACUGUGUCACCCAGCGACUCUUGUAGCAGUGAUUGUUUUCUCUCUGAUGUGUAAGUUCCUGCAACUUCACCUCCACAGUCAAUACAAACAUCUCUGACUUUAUUCAGUGGAAUUGAGAAUGUUUUAAAAACAUUUUGAGGAAACAAUAAUAUUAGUAUCAUCUACCUUACUGUUCUUAAUGAACUGUGAUAAAUUAUAAUAAGAAUGAUCACACCAUUCACUGUGCAUUAACACACUUUAACCCUUGAACAAACAGACUCUUAUGGAACUGAACUAACCCGUCACUGUGUUUACACCUGGAGUCCUACCUCCUCACUGUCCUUAUCGCCUUCUGUCUCAACAAGUGACCUGAACACCUGAACGCACCACCAGGUGACUGACCACCAGCUGCAGCACCAGUGAUGUGCAGAGUUCUGUAAUUUGUCCCUGAACGCACCACCUGAUGCCUUCACACAUGAAAUAAAUCCCUGUCAGUCUUCCAGCUGUUCCACCUGUGUAUCAUGUCUACAGUGUGAAUGUCAGUAUCACUCAGCUGUGUCUUCAUGUGAAACAAACGCUCUGUGCAUGAACGUAGCUUUUCUCCUCGUGUGUGUUACGAUGCUAUAGACGUCUGAUGAGUCUCCGUUGUCUUGUCCCUGCAGAUGUUGAACAUGUGGUGAAUUUUAACAUAAAACAUCAGCGUUUCUCUGAAAGAGAGGAAACCUGGUGAGAACAGAACAUGUAGAACACAAACUCAUACAGUUGCUGUGUCAGUAGUUUGAGAAGCCUCUGUGUGUAUCCGCACUAACACGUGUCACUGGUUUAACUGUUCUGUGUUUUAAAAUCCUCUCGACUUGA